CAGGCGCGGCAGCUGAUGUUAAUUUUGUGAAAACCUUCGACGGCGUGUCUUUUUCUGCCGAAUUUAAAGAAUAUUUCCCGCGAUGAGCUUUUGUCGGCAAGCCCUGGUGGCGGAAAAACUUGUGAGAAAUCUUCUGGUGCAGAGAUUCGCGCCCUCGGCGGCGCCAAACGUGAUCGUGCGGUGGCGAAAACCGAGGAGCCUCGGCACAGCUCCUUCCAAAAUGUUUCGGAUCCCGAAAAAACCUGAAAUUCCCGAAGACGAGUUGGCGGAAAUCCGCAGGCUCUACGCACAAUAUCGCACUUACAUGAAGAGCAUUCGAGUGUGGUUGGCCGAGGACCUGAAACAACAAGAGACGGCCGCGGCCGCAGCGGUGGCCGGAUCGAGCGGCGAGGAGGCCGAAUUCGCCCGUUGUCUGCAAAUUAACGACGAGUGGAACAAGCAAGUGGCCGCGCAAAGAGAAAAACGUUUGGCCGCAGAGAAGGAGAAGCUGACGGAAAAAAUCCUCACCGACCUGGAAAAGGACGAGCUUGAACGAAGCCAGCGCAAGGCUGAAAUUCUGCAGAUGGUUGCUUUAGAAAAGGAAUUGUCUGCAAAAUACAUCACAGCUGCCAAUAUUGACAAGGCAAUAGAAUUGGCCCUGAGCGAAGAAGUCGAUCACAACUUUGCCAUCGACAGGGAGGGAAAUUUUUACCGAGGAUUCGAUAUGAAGCCAACACCAAAGGAUGAGGAGACACAGUCAUAGUGAGCACCUUGUUAAAAAUCAAAGUCUGUGCAUUUAAAAUGCGUUAAUAAUAUUAAAUUUGUUCAACAUCAUAAACUUAUUUCUCUUUACAUGUU